AGUCGUGUUCACGGCGUCACACGAAACGUACGCGCGGCAAUUCUUUGAACCGGCCGGCUCCCGAAUAAUGUUUCAGUGUUUGACAAACUCAAUCGGAGGUCUCGGAAGAAGCGUAUUUAAUAAUUUACACUGUAUAACCGAUCGCAUAUUCUUAGUGAGUGUUACGCAGUGUGUACGGAAAAAACUUUGUCGGAGAUUCUGAAGAAUCUUGUGUAAAAUUGUGUAAUUCGCCGGCUGCGGUCGGAUUGCUUUUUACACAAACUUUUUGACGGUGUGCGUAGAUCUUAACGCGCGCAUCGUUCCCUGUGAUAAGAGGCUCCUGUGAUAUCGACAAGUUCGUCUUAGCUUUAAACUAGUUAGUCUUAGAUAUAACAUAGAAAAUGGCGGCAUCAAUCGACCCGGCAAUUCUUCAGUUCGACAUUUGGGAUCAACUGGAUGAGGCCACAAUGGAAUUGACCCUAACAUCAGAGUUUUGGACACAAGUGCAGACUGAGGUUGAUACAUUGGACAUGGUACCGCCUGCCAAUUCACCAGAUAUGAUAACCCCUGAGAAUGAGUCCGAUUGGAGGAUACUUGAUGCACCAGAAGAACCCAAGAAAGAGAAAAUAGUUCACCAUGAUUGUAUGUGGGCUGGUUCGUGCGCUGAUUCUGUUCAUCCUGGCAACACAUUCGUACCAACUGAACAAAUAACAGCAACACCUGGGCAGAGCCUCCUUCGGAGGAGAGAACCCUCGCCGCCCAGACCUGAAACGCCACCUUCGUUAGACGGCGAUGAACCCCCACAAUUCCGUCACACAGUGGAUGUCGCAGUUACCGCCCGAAGACUGUUAAGAGAUGUGGCUGCAGAUCACUCGUACACAUUAGCCAGACAAAAUUUUGACAACCUCGGCGUGCAAACACCAUCAGACUCUGGUGAAUCAGAGGAGGAAAUCGACGUGGUCUCCAUCGGGACUUCUCAACAGUUGCUGGCCGCAUCUCCACACGUGCGCACUGACUCGUUACCGCGCGCGCCUUCAGCCCAAGAACGGCAAAUAUUCCAGCGGACCGUGGCAAGUGCCAUCACCCCUAGGUCGCCUCGGCCGGCAGCGCGGAAGCGGCUCAUACCACCAAGUAGUAUAGCGUCGUCCUCCAACGUACAGCGACGCCGCAAGGGCCCAGGUAGGCGCGGCCGCCGGUCCAACACUGACACAGACUCUGAGGGAGACUGUCCGGAGACCGAGCGUCGCUCCAUACACAACGACAUGGAGCGACUCCGGCGCAUUGGCCUCAAAAACCUUUUUGACGAAUUGAAAAAGCAAAUCCCGGCCACAAGGGACAAGGAACGUGCGCCCAAGGUAGUGAUCCUCCGUGAAGCGGCUGCACUGUGCCGUAAACUGCGAGAAGACGACCUCCAACGACAGAUCCUUAAGAAACAACAGGACAAGCUCAUAGCUAAAGUGAAAAAGCUGCGCGCGCUUACCGCUCGCUACCGUGCGUACUGAGCCAGCGUAGUUCCAAAAGUGGAACUCCAAGGUAUAGCGCCGCCACAUUGUGGACUGGCUUAAAUAAAGUCUCUUCUAGACGUACCAAUGACGUUUAACGUUUCAAAUCCCAUUCAUCUUACGGCCGAAUCCAUUAUCGGCUGAUAUUGUAAAUUUGUACGUAUCGAAGUCUUUGAAGUCCUAUCGUUGUUGGGAAUUUGUUAUAAUUCUAAAGUCAGCUUUUACGGCUUACUCUGCUUCUGUACCGUAGCGGGGAGACGUAGUUACGAAGCAAUAACUGCGAGUUUAGUUUGCUCAAACGAUAUUUUGCAGUGCCAAAGUGAGCCAUAAAGCUGUUGUUAAAUAAAUCCUAGGUCUUCAGUAAAAUAUCUUUAUUAUUACAGACUGCUUCGUGAACUAGUAGACUGGUUAUACCUCUAAAGUGUUUUUUGAAUUUAUCAUUAAAGUAUACAUAGUUGACAUAGCGCAUACAGAUUUACUCCGUGUUGACUAAUCGAAAAAAUAUGACAUAUGUUGAUGUAUUGUUUCGAAUCGGUAACUGAAAGAUCUUUUACUGGACCUUUUUACUAGUAUAUUGUAUAUGCAAAGUUUUUAGUUGUGGAGAGGUUAGAGGAGACAGUUGGUCGCUUCGGCGGUAGGUGAGGUAGAUAUUGGCCUUUAUAUGUUUUUGGCCCGAAUGCUGUAGAUUAUGAAGAGUGGAGAUAUCCGCGACGUUACUUUUAAUCAUAAAUUACAUUAAGUUAAGUCUGAACGCUUUGGUACCUACCUAGAUUUUUGUUAUUUUGUAUAUUUUAACACUUUUAAUGUUUUUUUUAUAUAUUUUAGUCACGCGAUUAACUCCAAAUGGAAUUGUUAUUAUAUUGGACCACUUCACUGUAUGCACCUACGGCUUUUUACAUGAAAUAUCAUUGACUAAUAAGUACCAUUUUAUCACGGAUCACCUGCCCGUCAAAUAGUGCGGUAGUUUCAUUGCAUUUCCCUAGGUUCACUCGCUUUAUGAUAUUAUUGUUGGCUAUUGGAUUCAUCAUAAUUUUAAAUUUUAAUCACGAAAUUUCAUUUUCAAUCUCGACGGGUGGUGUUCGCGUUUCAUAUUGUAUUAUGACUACCACUUAUUAGAAUCGAUACAUAUAGGUAACUAUCGUUUUGUGAGACCUUUAAAUUAGCUAAUCAAACGUUAAUUUAUUGGCACAUAUAAUUUCUAUGUAAAAUAAGACCGAUAUAUGUAUAUUAAUAUAGUCCAGUUGACAUACAUACUGUGAAUAAUGAAAAUCUCAGUGACAAUUUGUCUGAUUAUUAUGAAAUAGACUAUGUAUUUUGAUAUAACAUCAAAAUAAAAAAUCCAAUAAGUCCUCGGACUUAGUAAAAAUAACCAAGUAAUAGUUCCUCAUAGUACCUACUUAUAGUAAAUUUGCAUUUUUCUUUAAUAUACAUUUUUAUUGCAGUAAGUUAGUCAUGUACUCGCGAUAGCAAACCUGGACAGGACUGAAUCGAAAACGCGAAUAUAGAAAGUUGUAAGAAAUUGUUGAAAUAUAAGAAUUAUAUCAGUGGAUUUAGAGUAGAAUUUUUGUUUUUUUUUUCUCGCCAGUAGUAGACCGGGAACAGAAAGUACGAUUUGGUUGGGUUAAACCGAAUCAAUUUGGAACAUACUUGACGCACCCACAUUUGGUCAAAGGCCAUUGAUUAAAGGAUGGGAAAUGCAUGUUUAAAUUUGAUACUCCCUAAAGCUACCCAUCUAGAUCAUAGUACCUUCCAUUCGAUGUGAAAGCUGUUUGUCCAACUUUCCAAAUUCGACAGCGGCAACCCGACUAAAUCGUAUCAUCUGCUAAAUGUCUAGUAUUUCAUUCUGGCCAGGUUCGCAUACAAAUUGAUGUUUUAUCAAGCACAUGGUCAAUAUGUAUCAUGGCUUUUAUUGAGUGCGGAAUGUGCCUUGCUAUGUAUAUAUAGGUAUUUAGGUUUAUACUCGAAUUAGUUGCAAGAAAUAUUUUUUUUUGUGAGAAAUGUUAAUAAGUUAGGCGAUUGUUUGUUAGUAAUAGUGGUUACACGAAAGAUUUAUAGAUAUCGUGUUAAAGAUUGUCAGUUUAUCUUCCACUAGUGUAAAAUGUACAUAAUAGGGUAUAGUUUUUACACGUACGCCUGUAUAUUGUUUGUAAAACGACAUUUAA